UUCGAUUCCUGAUACUUUUUCAAGUGAUUGAAUUUCUAUAAAACAAAGACAAAAUGUUUGUAGUAAGUCGUAGCGCUGCGCGUCUUUAUCCCAGUGGAAUGCAAUUAGUAAAGAUGAGCAACAGUCAACUUGGUGAUCUAGGUAGUGGCGCUGGUAAGGGUGGCGGCGGCGGGGGUUCGAUCCGCGAAGCUGGCGGUGCCUUUGGAAAAAUGGAGGCAGCUCGUGAAGAAGAGUAUUUCUACAAAAAGCAAAAGGAACAGCUCGAUCGUUUGAAGAACGAUCAAAUCCACCAAGCCGAAUUCCAUGCUCAACAAAUCAAAGAGCACGAAGAAGCCAUCCAACGUCAUAAGGCAUUCCUUGAAAAUAUUAAAAAGUAAAGCCAACAAUUAGAAGAUAUAUAAGCGUGGGACUCACAGUCUAACACCGUAGCUAAAACAAAUGCUUUCAAGGCGCCUUCAAAAAAUUAUGUUCUAAACAUAAAAAAUCCUAUAAUGUUUUUCAUUUUUACAUAUUACUUGAUAAUGUUUGUUUAUUUCGUUACAUUUAUAUAACGCAGUGUGGAAGUUUCGACUCCGUGUGCAAAUAAAAUGCAAUAAAAAUGAUGAUUACGUAAAAUGGAGAUCUGUAAAAUAAAA